CUGAAGUGACUUUGAAAUUCGAAUGAGUAAUGCGCAUUCGAUAGUUCUCCUACUCCUCGUGGAAGUCGCUACCGAAGGGGAAUAUGGAUUGUGCACUGAUCUAAUCUUCGGUCAACGAUACGAGAACCCAUUCGGCAAUUUCCCCGACUGCAGAUCGAGUUCAACAUUCUCUUACAAAAACCCUCGACACGCAGAUCCGAGCGCGGCGCGCGUCAGCGCAUGAACGAAAGUAUGACCGUAAUUGGAAUUGGUUUGGUAGCAAAGGGCGAGCUCGGCACGAGUAGAAGCCAUGUAGAGCCCUCUACCUGGCACCCUGUAAGACUUUGAAGAUCCGUGGUUGUGAUUGGUCAGAUCGCAUCCGACUGUAAAGUUUCUAGUUGUUUCUGCGGUGCCCCCUUGAUUCCCCGUUGUUUCGUGCUACCCGUCCUCAUCACGAUCAUUGAACAGCACUAAGCAAGCAACUCCGAGGCGGUGAUUUCUGAAUUGGAUAUUUGAUUUACAAUUUCACACGAACCAUCAUGGUGUCCCUUAAUCCUGUUAGGAUUUUGAAAAAUGAGGCUGAAGAGGAGAAAGCUGAAAUUGCUCGAUUGAGUUCCUUUGUAGGAGCCAUUGCAAUUGGCGAACUGGUCAAAUCAACUCUUGGCCCCAAAGGAAUGGAUAAAAUCCUGGUAGCUCAUGGACGAUCUGCUGGUCAAGUUCAGGUUACUAAUGAUGGAGCUACUAUCCUAAAGAGUGUUGGCGUUGACAAUCCAGCAGCAAAAAUAUUAGUCGAUAUGAGCCGUGUGCAGGAUGAUGAAGUUGGAGAUGGAACAACUUCUGUAACUGUACUAGCUGCUGAGUUGCUAAAAGAAGCUGAGAAGUUGAUAGACCAAAAGAUUCAUCCACAAACUAUUAUUGCUGGAUGGCGCAGCGCUACAGUGGUAGCCCGAGAGGCAUUGCGAAAUGCAGCCACAGACAACUCUGCAGAUCCAGCAAUUUUCCGCAGAGAUCUCAUGAACAUUGCACGAACAACACUUAGUUCAAAGAUCCUCUCUCAGCAUAAGGAGCAUUUUAGCACUCUGGCAGUCGAUGCUGUUCUUCGUCUGAAAGGCUCAGGAAAUUUGUCGGCGAUACAGAUUAUCAAGAAGCGAGGUGCAACACUGGCAGACUCUUUUCUCGAUGAAGGUUUUCUACUUGACAAGAAACCUGGUGUUCAUCAGCCACAGAGGGUCCAGGAUGCCCGAAUUUUAAUAGCGAAUACACCCAUGGAUACCGAUAAAAUCAAGGUCUUUGGCUCCAGGGUGCGAGUCGAUUCAAUGGCCAAAAUUGCCGAACUAGAAACGGCAGAGAAGGAAAAGAUGAAGGAUAAGGUUGACAAGAUAGUGAAGCACGGCUGCAAUGUAUUCAUCAACAGGCAGUUAAUUUACAACUACCCGGAACAACUGUUCGCUGACGCUGGUCUCAUGGCCAUUGAGCAUGCAGAUUUUGAUGGCAUUGAAAGAUUAGCUCUCGUCACUGGUGGAGAUAUAGUGAGCACCUUCGAUCAUCCCGAGAUGGUGAAGCUUGGAAAGUGCGACCUCAUAGAACAGGUAAUGAUCGGUGAAGACGUUCUUCUGCGUUUCUCGGGCGUCGCGCUUGGUGAAGCUUGCAGCGUCGUAAUCAGAGGUGCUACUCAGCAGAUCCUUGACGAAGCUGAGCGCUCCUUACAUGACGCACUGUGUGUAUUAGCAGCUACAGUACGAGAGUCACAGAUAGUUUAUGGUGGCGGUUGCAGUGAAAUGGCUAUGGCAUGCGCUGUUAUGAAAGCAGCUGCUGCAACUCCUGGAAAAGAAUCUGUUGCCAUGGAGGCGUACGCUAGAGCCCUUCAACAGUUACCCACCGUAAUUGCAGACAAUGCUGGGUACGAUUCUGCUCAGCUAGUGAGCGAACUUAGAGCUGCUCAUAAUUCUGGAGCUGGAUCAAUGGGACUGGAUAUGGAGGAAGGCAAAGUGGGCUGCAUGAAACGGCUUGGUAUUACGGAAUCGUGGGCUGUAAAGCGGCAAGUGGUACUCAGUGCUUCUGAAGCAGCGGAGAUGAUUCUACGAGUGGAUAAUAUCUUGAAGGCAGCACCACGAAAGCGGGUGCCAGACCGCGGCCAUUGUUGAAUACCGUGUCGUUCUGUCCUUAAUUUACCUUUAUUCAUUUACCCAUUCUAUAAUUGCGCUUCUCCCAUCGUACGAUACGCGUAACACGCUUCUUUAACCGAAAAACACAAUUUGUAAACCAGCUUCGUAACUCGUUGCUGAUUAUUAUCAUUAUUGUUCUAUCUAUUAAUGACACUUCUACGGCUGUCAAGCAUUUAAAUAAAUUCGUUUCAUAUAUGUAUAUAUAUUGAAUUAUAUAUACUUAUAUGCAUAUCGUUUUGUACCUAA